CCUCCAGCUAGACUCCUGCUCCCUGCACAGGGUCUGCAGCGGCCGGCGCCGCAGCGAAAGCCAAGUCGUGCCCCACACGGCCGCCCGGGGCCGCACCCUCGCUCGGUGGCGGCGCGCAAAGACGCCAGCCGCGCCACGCACAGCCUGCGUCCUGCGCCCCGGCCACAGCGCAUCCACGCCGCCGCGGCGGUCGCUCCGGAGCGGAGCCCGGCCGGCGGGCCGGGUCUGGGUGGGCAGCCCAGUUCGCAGCCUGCUGGAGGCGGCGGCCGCUGCAGCCCUGGCAGCGCGCACACCCCUAGGCAUACACACCAAACGCCUCCUCCCUGCGCCACGAGGAUGGAGCAGCCAUCCCAACCCAGGACUGGCGCAAGGUGGCCCUUAUCGUCCUGCAUUGGGAACAAUGACUGAAUGUCCAGCUCCUGAGAUGAACAGUUUUGUUUGUUCUGCCUGGUGAAAAGUACCUGCUUAGGACAACACAAGUUCUUCAAGAGACCUUUGGCUUAGAGAGAGAGGCAAGGUCUCAGGAAACAGAAUCGUCUUCAGCUGCAUGUAGGUUUCCAAGCAAGGACAGGAAUAACGAAGGCUGUGUGCUAGCUACAUCCGUUUGAACCACCCGGGAAGGAAAUCCAGCGUGUGGUCAGACAAUUGCAGCACUCGGAGUAAAUGAGGAAUGGACUCGUGAUUAUGCUGAGAUUCCAGAAUGAAUCUGGUCGACCUGUGGCUAUCCCGUUCCCUCUCCAUGUGUCUUCUCCUCCAAAGCUUUGUUCUGAUGAUACUGUGCUUUCAUUCUGCCAGUAUGUGUCCCAAAGGCUGCCUUUGUUCUUCCUCUGGGGGUUUAAAUGUCACCUGUAGCAAUGCAAAUCUCAAGGAAAUACCCAGAGAUCUCCCUCCGGAAACAGUUUUGCUCUACCUGGACUCCAAUCAGAUCACAUCCAUCCCCAAUGAGAUUUUUAAGGACCUCCAUCAACUGAGAGUUCUCAACCUGUCCAAAAACGGCAUUGAGUUUAUCGAUGAGCAUGCAUUCAAAGGAGUAGCAGAAACCUUGCAGACCCUGGACCUGUCUGACAACAGGAUUCAAAGUGUGCAUAAAAAUGCCUUCAAUAAUCUGAAGGCUAGGGCCAGAAUUGCCAACAACCCCUGGCAUUGUGACUGCACUCUCCAGCAAGUUCUGAGGAGCAUGGCAUCCAAUCAUGAGACAGCACACAAUGUAAUUUGCAAGACCUCAGUGUUGGAUGAGCAUGCUGGGAGGCCAUUCCUCAACGCUGCCAAUGAUGCUGACCUUUGUAACCUCCCUAAAAAGACUACUGACUAUGCCAUGCUCGUCACCAUGUUUGGCUGGUUCACCAUGGUGAUCUCUUAUGUGGUAUAUUAUGUGAGGCAGAAUCAGGAGGAUGCUCGGAGACACCUUGAAUACUUGAAAUCCCUGCCAAGUAGGCAAAAGAAGGCAGAUGAGCCCGAUGACAUUAGCACUGUGGUAUAAUGACCACAUUGACUGGCACUGGGAAAGGAGCUUCUGGUUAUAGUAGGAUAAGUGGUUCACUUUUCCCUCCAUUGUACACGUUUAAAACUUUGUAUUUUAGUUUCUUUGGAAUCACACCACUGUUGAACUUUUCACAAACACCACAACACUAAUAAUUUUAGUUUAGGCGAUCUUCUCCCAUUCAUUGUGUCCCUGGCUCCCGAGUAACAAACUCUCUGAACAUUAGUUAGACCCAUCUCACUAUUUAAUAAUGAAAUUUAUUUUUUUAAUUUAAAACUGAAUAAAAGCUUAACUUUGAACCAU